AUGUCAGGGAGGAAUUCCACUAUACGAGAAUAUUUUUUCAGGCGGGCACUUGCAAUCUGGGAUUCUGUAACCGAGGUACCUGAAGUGUAUCAGUCAUCUUCUUCUUCAGACAAUGAGGUACAUCAGCGCUCCGAUGUACAUCAGCGCUCCGAUGUACAUCAGCGCUCCGAUGUACAUCAGCGCUCCGAUGUACAUCAGCGCUCCGAUGUACAUCAGCGCUCCGAUACAUUGAGUAAGAAAGUUUUACAAGGUAUGUUAUUGUACGUUGAUAUUUAUGGAAAUCAGAAGAUGCCCGACGAUGCGGAGCUGGAUCUUAGCUCUCGGUAUGGGGGAAGCCUUCUAUCAUCACGAGGUACGCAGGCCAUCGAUGUUGAAUUUGCUAUCCCGCGUCUUAUAUCCAGAAUUAUUGAGACGUAUAAACGCACCUUGUAA